AACCUCAUUUCCGGGCGCGACGCACUUAGAGCGUUUUAGCCUUUUUUCCUCCGUGAAGCUUUCGGGCCGAGAGGAUAGCUCCGCUCCGCGCAGGGAAGAGCUUGGUUCGCCUACAGCGCAGUCAUGACUGAGGCCGAAGUGAACCCCAAAGCUUACCCAUUGGCUGAUGCACAACUCACCAAAACCCUGCUGGACCUUGUACAGCAGUCCUGCAACUACAAACAGCUACGCAAGGGUGCCAAUGAAGCCACUAAAACACUGAACAGAGGAAUAGCAGAAUUCAUUGUGAUGGCUGCAGAUGCUGAGCCCCUAGAGAUCAUCCUGCACCUCCCUCUCUUGUGUGAGGACAAGAAUGUGCCCUAUGUCUUUGUGCGCUCCAAGCAGGCCCUGGGCCGGGCAUGUGGUGUCUCCCGGCCUGUCAUUGCCUGCUCAAUUACCAUCAAGGAAGGGUCACAACUGAAGCCUCAGAUUCAAUCGGUCCAGCAAGCUAUAGAGAGACUGUUGGUCUAAAUCUGCCUAAAACCCAAUAGCUGAAAUCCAUAAUUUAAAAAAAAAAAAAAAAAAAAAAAUUCCGAGUUGGGGAGGGAAUUUAAUGAUAGUUAGACAAUACAAUGGUUUGAUACCAAACCCUUGUUUCAAAAUGCCAGGUGUUUGUUUUACAGUGUCUUGCUCCUAUUAUAUAUUUCAACUCUCCACUGUGGGUCAGUCUAGAUUUUUCUCCUCCCUCUCUCCCUUGCCGGCCUUUCAGAAGACACUCUUGCAAUACUGGUUCUCAAAACUCUGUUGCUCAACAGAAUGAGAGUAUCUCCUCCUGUGUGAUAUAUGCAAAAUAACAUAUUGCCCCGCUUGAGGGCAUGAUUAAGCUAUACUCUCUUUUUCUCCCCCAAUAAUGGAUUAGGUUCCUUCAUUUUGCAGCAAAUUCUUCUGUGAUCAGUUUGACCUGUAACAGACAUGAAUCAUUUAAUGUGUGUGUUCUAGGCGGUUUGGUCCAAUGAGGAAAAUUAAGGUGGAUCUGCAGUGUAAUGGUGUAUAUUCAGCAAUUGCUGCUCUAAGGGAGAGGCAAAUAAAGACAGUGGCAGCUAUGUAGUGUAAGAUACAGGCCAAGAACACGUCAGCAGAUAUCGUGAAACUGGACAAGAGGCCACUGUAUGAGAGGUGUAGAAGGAGGAGAAAUCCUGCUAUAGUGAUAUGGGUGAUAGUUCUAACCUUACUUGUCUUUUUUUAAACUGGUAUUUUUUUUAAAUAAAUCCAUAUAUUCCCAGA